CCUCUCUCUCACUCUUGUAGUUCAUUCACACUAUCGGUUUAGUUUCUCUCUCCUUAUUUUCCUCUCUCAACUACGGACUUGUUUGGCUGUAUUGAACAUUGUUUGAGAAAAGCAGCGAAGAUGCUAAGCCAAAAUGUGGAUUGGAAAUCAGGUAUUAAUAUGGAAAUAAAGGAAAAGAAGUUCCUUGACAUGAGCAGCACGGCUAGAAUCAACGCUAUGAGAGCUUCAUCUCCCACUCACAUCAAAUCUCACUCCCUCUCCCUACAUAAUGUGCAACAACGAUCGGCUUUGGACAUGUUCGAACAAAUCACAAACGCAUCAAAGGGAAAGCAGAUUGUCAUGUUUAUGGACUAUGACGGCACGCUUUCUCCCAUCGUCGAUGAUCCGGAUCGAGCCUUCAUGUCCGAUGCAAUGAGGGCGACCGUCAGAAAACUUGCUACAUACUUUCCCACUGCUAUAGUCAGUGGGAGAUGCAGAGACAAGGUGUAUAGUUUUGUGCGUCUAGCAGAGCUGUAUUAUGCAGGUAGCCACGGCAUGGACAUAAAAGGCCCUUCCAAACACUCCAAAGGAGGUGAGGCUAUUCUUUUCCAACCUGCCACUCAAUACCUUCCCAUUAUUGACGAGGUUUACAAAGCACUAUUGGUGGUCACAAAAGAUACUCCAGGUGCUACCGUCGAGAACAACAAAGUUUGUCUCUCUGUACAUUUCCGACGUGUUCAUGAGAAUAAAUGGGCUGAACUUGCUAAACAAGUUGGAUCAGUGCUGGAGGCGUACCCUGAAUUUCGAUUGACUCAAGGGAGAAAGGUUUUCGAAAUUCGUCCUACCAUCAAAUGGGACAAAGGAAAGGCUCUAGAAUUUCUAUUAGAAUCACUUGGGUAUGCUAAUUGUGCUGAUGUGUAUCCUAUCUACAUUGGAGAUGAUCGAACUGAUGAAGAUGCGUUUAAGGUUCUAAGGGAAAUGGGCCAAGGAUCUGGAAUUCUUGUUUCCAAGAUUCCAAAAGACACAAAUGCAUCGUAUUUGUUGCAAGAACCAUCUGAGGUCAUGGCAUUUCUACGACGUCUAGUGGAUUGGAAAAGAUUAUCGCUAAGAAAACAGUUCAUGCUAAAAGCUAGACUUGAAGGGAUUAAAAUGUCAUUACCGAUUUGAGAACUAAUUAGAUCUUAUUAUAUGUGUACCUAUUUGUAGCUUUAUUAUGCUUUAAGUAAAAUUAUAUAAGAAGGUUAAAAUGGGAGGGGCUGGAAUAGGAAAAGAAAAGAAAUAAUAGAAUCCCCCUUAUGUUAGAUGUACCAUGCCCUUGUACAACUUUUUACAAGUACAAAAUUGUAAUCUUUUCUCUCGUAUAUCCAAUCAAAUGAAAGUGUGUUA